AAGAAAUAAAAAAAAAAAACUCUCUCUAUCUCUCUCCUCUUUAAACAAGUAAGCAGAAAAGCAAAGCUUUCUUCUUCAAUUAUUUUUAUACAUUCUGUAGCUCAACACAACAAGAAGAAAGAAGAGAAUUCCAUUCAUCUUCAACGGAGACCACCACCAUUUCUCAAAGCUUCGCAAUUUGAAAACAAAAAUGGUGUCGGCUAACCGAGAAAUGGCGGUGUACUGUUUCGACACUCUCGUGGCUCACUACAGCAGCCAAGAUGCUCCGCCUCCUGCCUUUGAUGAGGGCCAGCACCCAUUGUUUGUGACUUGGAAAAAAAUGGUGAAUGGUGGGGAGCCUCGUUUGCGUGGAUGCAUUGGAACCCUAGAAGCUCGUGCCUUGAUUAAUGGCUUUAAGGACUAUGCUUUGACCAGUGCUUUGAAGGACCGCAGGUUUCCUCCUAUACAAGCUAAAGAAUUGCCAUAUUUGGAAUGUACAGUAUCCAUUCUGACUGAUUAUGAAACUGCUAACAACUAUCUUGACUGGGAGGUUGGAAAGCAUGGUAUAAUUAUUGAGUUUACCGACCCUGACUAUAAUGCAAGGAGAAGUGCCACAUACCUGCCUGAGGUGCCUGCCCACGAAGGUUGGACCAAGAUGGAAGCAAUUAACUCACUUAUUCGUAAAGCUGGCUAUAAUGGCACCAUCACUGAAUCACUCCGAAAGCGUAUACGACUAACCCGUUAUCAGAGCACACUAUUUACUUUGCAAUACAGCGAAUAUGUCUCAUAUGUCAAGGAAACUAGGGGCUCACCUCCAGCUGUCUAAGCCGGGCAGCAGUUGAUUCUUCCAGACUGCUUUUGCUGAAGCUGCAAAGCUGGUUUGGCCAAAUCAAAAUACUUACUCCAAAAUAAUUUGAAAAACAAAAAAGGUGGGUUGGAAUGGCUUUGUUUGUGUUCCUGCCCAUGUUGCUUUAAUUAUUGUGAUGAACUUUUCAUACAAUUCUUCAACUUCAUGUAAUUUUGAAGAAGGAACACAAAUUUCAUUGCUGUUGUUUCAUGACAUUCUCUCAUUUGUCAGCUUCUCUGGUAAUGCUGUACAAGUUUAAACUAUUUAGUCUAAGUUGUGAUAUUCCAAAGUGUGUUGUUUAUUUA